UCGGUAGAGAAGACAAGUCUUUUCCCCCAGAAUCAGGUAGCUGAGAAUGCGUCUGUCCAAACCACUAGUAGACAUGGACAUGGCAGAUUACAGCGAGGCCUUGGACCCAGCCUACACAACCCUGGAGUUUGAGAACAUGCAAGUGCUUGCAAUGAGCACAGACUCCUCACCAGCAGACGGUGCCAACAUGAAUGCUGGCAACCACUUAGGUGUUGGCACCCUAUGCGCCAUCUGUGGGGAUCGGGCCACAGGAAAGCACUACGGUGCCUCUAGCUGUGACGGCUGCAAAGGUUUCUUCAGACGCAGUGUACGCAAAAACCACAUGUACUCCUGCAGGUUCAACAGACAGUGCAUCGUGGAUAAAGACAAAAGAAAUCAGUGCCGGUACUGUAGAUUGAAGAAAUGUUUUCGAGCUGGGAUGAAGAAGGAAGCCGUCCAGAAUGAAAGAGACAGAAUUAGCACCAGAAGAUCAAGCUAUGAAGACAGUAGCUUACCCUCCAUAAACGCACUUAUUCAGGCUGAUGUCCUUUCUAGACAGAUCUCAUCACCAGGACCUAUAAUGAACGGUGAUAUCCGAACGAAGAAGGUAGCUACAAUAACUGAUGUAUGCGAGUCUAUGAAACAGCAGCUGCUGGUGCUGGUGGAAUGGGCCAAAUACAUUCCUGCAUUCUGUGACCUUCCUCUGGAUGAUCAGGUGGCUUUACUGCGUGCUCAUGCUGGAGAGCAUCUAUUACUCGGAGCUGCCAAACGUUCAAUGCUGUAUAAGGACAUUUUACUAUUAGGUAAUGAUCACAUAGUUCCUCGAAACUGCCCGGAGCUGGAGGUGAGCCGGGUGGCUAUACGGAUCCUGGACGAGUUGGUUCUUCCCUUCCAGGAUCUUCAGAUCGAUGACAAUGAAUAUGCCUGCUUGAAAGCCAUUGUAUUUUUUGAUCCAGAUGCUAAAGGUUUAAGUGAUCCAAGUAAGAUCAAACGUAUGCGAUACCAAGUUCAAGUUAGUUUGGAAGACUACAUAAAUGACCGCCAAUAUGACUCACGGGGACGGUUUGGCGAGCUGCUUCUUCUUUUGCCAACGCUACAGAGCAUAACCUGGCAAAUGAUCGAACAAAUCCAGUUUGUUAAACUGUUCGGAAUGGCAAAGAUAGACAACCUGCUACAAGAAAUGCUUCUCGGAGGUUCCACUAAUGAAGCCCCUCAUGCCCACCAUUCUCUUCAUCCACAUCUGGUCCAGGAGCAUCUCAGUAACAAUGUCAUAGUCACCACCAACAUGGCCACUCCAAUACACAAUGGGCAGAUGUCCACUCCGGAAACACCAAUUCCAUCUCCCCCCACCGCCUCCGGUUCUGAUCACUACAAAAUGGUUCAAGGGGUUAUAGCCACAGUGCCCAAACAGCCAAGCUCCAUUCCUCAACCAACCAUCACUAAACAAGAAGCAAUCUGAGUACACUGGAAAAAACAGAGCAUCAAGAUUUUAACUUGUACAAUGGUACUUUUAAUAGCGGCUAUUAAGUGUGAUAAUAGAUUGUCUCAUAAACACUUGGGCAGAGUAAAAUCUGUUAAAUUAAAAGUUUUUAGUAAAGACGCUGUGAAAAAAAUCAAGGGGGCUAAUUUUAAGUAUUUUUAUUGACUUAUUUCUUCUUAAAUGAGAGUAAUAAUACUUGCCCCAAAUCCACCACAAAAAGAAGCCCAAAAGACUUAUAAAGGGUGUGAUUUGUCUGGAAGGAAGUUUAUAAAUGUUACAGCCGGCCUCUUAUCUAAGCGUGAUCAGAUGUUUGUCUUAUUGUACAGUAUUUUAAUAUCUUGCUACUGAGUCUACUUUUGCUGUAGCCUGACAGAAUUUUGUGCCUUGGAAAUAUAUUAUUUACCAAAAUACUGGUAAUUAUUUUGUGUAUGUUAAGAAUAUGUGCUUUUCUUAUUUUUCUUUAUGUGCCAUACCUAAAUUGUAAAUAUAAUGACUAUUUUGUUUUUUAAACAGAAUUAGUCUUUUCUAAGUCACCAUAAAUGAGCCAAUUUCAGGUUUAAAAUGUGUGAUGUGAAGUAAAAACAUAUUUUUAACCCAUUCAA